GGAGUCUUGAAACAAACACACCUGGAGCCAGAAAGACAGAGGUCAAGAAGAGAAGAGAAAGAGCAUGUUGGCGACGAGCAUGCCGGACAGUGCGGACAUCUACAAGGCAUCGUCGGUGGCCGAAAUACGAGCCACGUUGGCGGAACUGGGUCAACAAGAGGCGACAGUAACAGCCCGUCUGGAUGCGCUACUCGCUUCACAACGCGACCUGUCACGCCAAUUGACCAAGCUCGACCUUGCACGAGCUCAUCUCGGAUCACAGGUCGUCCAGACGCGCUCCAUCAGCAAUGGCAUGCUCUCAUCCGCAGCGUCGACGGCCUCCCGCAUCUCCAAUGCCGUCAAUCAGCUCGAUCGCGAACAAGCCGCCGUAAAGUCGACUCUGAAUGUCGUCGAUCAAGUCGCUGAGCUCAAGGCCUGUGUCUUGGGUGUCAAUGGCUCCAUGGGCGCUGCUCAAGACUGGGAGACGGCCGCUUCCUACCUCCACCGCGCCUCACAAAUUCCAGACCAUGUCAUCGAUGGUGCCUUCGCCGAAGAGAUCGUCCCUACCGCCGAAGUCCCCGAUGCGCCGCGAGUUACCCUUACCGAAGCCUCAGAAAGUCUAUGCGGCUUGUUUCUGCGCGAAUUUGACAAAGCUGCGAGCGAAGGAGACGGUCAGAGGGUCACUCGUUUCUUCAAGCUAUUCCCACAGAUUGGCAAGUCAGAUCAAGGACUGGACGCAUACGGUCGUUAUGUCUGUACCGGCGUAGCCCAAAGAGCAAGGAACAACCUGAGUGCAACAAACAAGCGGUCCGACAAUCUCUUCUAUGCCAGUGCUCUGACCAAGCUGUUUGAGCAGAUUGCUCUAAUCGUCGAUGGUCAUGAACCUCUUGUUGAAAGACACUACGGUCAGGGCUCCAUGGCUAAGGUCAUCGAGCGACUGCAAGCUGAGGCCGAUAUGCAAGGAGGCAUCGUAUUGGACGCCUGGGCUGAUGACCGCAAUCUUGCAAGAAAGAUCAAGGACGUCAAAUCAUAUGCUUUCUCCUUUCUUGUCCAGAGUUUCCUUCCGAGCCAAAAGUCUUCCGCUGCGAGGUCCUCUUCACCAGCCUCGAGUCGUGCUAGUGAGGAUGAAGGUGUCAACAUGAAGGAGGUUGACGCACUAUUGAGUGAGACCGCCAUGAUGUUGAGUCGAUGGGCUCUGUAUACCCGUUUCGUCGCUACCAAAAUCAACCCUGGAAUAGAGGAACACAUCGCCAUGCCCGAUUUGCUCGCCAACAGCAGACUGCACAAGAAGAUUGUAGAAGCCUUGAUCGAGCCAUUCAACACCAUGUCAACCUUCUUCUUCCGUCGUUCGGUCGAGAAGGCCUUCCAGAUGGACGAACCACCUUUUGACUUGACUCUGAACCCCAACAAACCUCUCGGAUCUAAUGCACCAUUCAUCACCUCCGCUGUUGACGAUGUCAUGUAUAUUGUCAAUCAAGUUCUGCAACGAACACUUGCCACAUCGCAAAGAUCUGUUGUUGCCAGUGUCAUGCCGUCUGUCAGUCGGGUACUAACAGGCGACUUUUUCGGCAUGAUCCAACGCAAGAUGCGCGACGAGAGUUACCCAAAGGCCGCCAUCCAAGGAGCUCUCCCACCAGAAAGCAUCAUCAUUUCUUUCCUGGUGCUCAUCAACAACCUGGACAUCUCAACCGACUACCUCCGCCGCAUCGUAAACAGCAAUCUCGGCAAACUCGACCCAAACAACCAAGGCCAACAACAACACGCCACAAUCCCCGACCUCUUCCCCUUCGCCCACGACGCCGUCUUUGUAGAAACAACCCUAACCUCCAUCCUCACGACUUUUUCCUCAAAAACAUCCGACCUCAUCACCGAAGCUGUAGAAGUCGUUCUCAAACAAGUCAUGCGUCCCCGCUUACGUCCCGUAUUCGUCGAAACCUUCCGCGAUGUGGAAUAUCUUCUCGACGCCGACGAUGCCGAUCCGCAAACGGUGGACACGGAUGCAAUGGUCCCCCAACGCUUCGAAAGAGGGUGGAUGCAAUUCACACUUCCCAUCAAACGUAUCCUCACACCGCAUACCUAUGACCUCCUCAUCAGCACCACAAUCUCCUAUCUCGCCCGCGCGCUGGAAAAACGCAUCUGGUCAUACUACGGUCGCGUAAACGAACUCGGCGCCGCAAAACUCGAACGCGACAUCUCCGGCAUCGUCAACGCGGCAGUCAAGGGCGGGAAAUAUGCGCUCAGAGAUGCUUUUGUGAGGUGCACUGAGAUGACGUUGAUUUUGAACAUGGAAGAGGACGAGUGGGAGGAGAUUAGAGGAUUGGGGGUUGAAGAGCAGAGGGAGCAGGGUAUGGAGUGGCAUUUAGAUGCUAGUGAGCGGGCGAGGACGAGAGGGAUCAUUGAUGAUGGUAGAUAGGAUCGUUUCUUGCAUGCAAAGUUGUGCAGAGCAGUCACUAGAUAUAUCCAUCCCGAUUGCUACCUACUCACACGACCACUAUUGUCUGAGUGAAAAAGGUUAGAAUCUGAGUGACUUUUGUAAAAUGCUUUAUUCCUCCCUCGUAA